CCAGUCAGACAAAAUCUGAGUUCAUCAAAGAGCCCAAAUUUCUAGCUAUGAUUUCAUCAUAUUUUCCAAAUUGUGUGGCAGUUUUUGCCCUCCUCAUCCUGAGUGUUGGUGCCCUAGAGACCUUUAUUGCUGCAGUGUAUGAGCAUGCUGUGAUUCUACCAAACAGAACGGAAACAGCUGUUCCAAAAGAAGAAGCUUUGCUCCUUAUGAAUAAGAACUUAGAUGUGUUGGAGAAAGCCGUUAAACUGGCAGCCAGACAGGGUGCACAUAUCAUAGUGACUCCAGAAGAUGGUGUUUAUGGCUGGGUCUUCACAAGAGAGACCAUUUAUCCCUAUCUGGAGGACAUCCCAGACCCGAAAGUAGACUGGAUUCCCUGUAGAGAUCCCAAGAGAAAUUACCGAAGUAGAGUAAGUUUAAGGCAAUAUCUAUUGAUUUAGGUUUGGCUACACUCCGGUGCAAGAAAGACUAAGCUGCCUGGCCAGGGACAAUUCCAUCUAUGUCGUGGCAAACAUUGGGGACAAGAAGCCGUGCAAUGCCGGUGAUCCGCAGUGCCCCCCUGACGGCCGUUACCAAUACAACACUGACAUGGUGUUUGAUUCUGAGGGCAGGCUGGUGGCACGCUACCAUAAGUACAAUCUCUUUGCAACUGAAGUUCAAUUUGAUUUCCCCAAGGAUUCAGAGUUUGUGACUUUUGACACGCCCUUUGGGAAGUUUGCUGUUUUCACUUGCUUUGACAUUUUUUCUCACAAUCCGGCUGUGAUGGUGGUGGAUGAAUUUCAAGUUGACAGCGUUCUCUAUCCCACAGCGUGGUACAACACGCUGCCCCUUCUCUCGGCUGUUCCCUUCCACUCAGCAUGGGCCAGGGCCAUGGGAGUGAACCUGCUUGCUGCAAAUACCCACAACACCAGCAUGCACAUGACAGGGAGUGGAAUCUACACACCAGAAGCAGUCAAGGUGUACCAUUAUGACAUGGAAACAGAGAGUGGCCAACUCUUGCUGUCAGAAUUAAAGUCCCGGCCUCGGGGAGAGCCCACCUACCCUGCAGCUAUUGACUGGAGUGCUUAUGCCAGAGGUGUCAAGCCAUCCACAGCUGAGCAGUCAGAUUUCCGGGGGAUGAUUUAUUUUGAUGAAUUCAUCUUCACAGAACUUAAGCGAAAUGCAGGAAAUUACACAGUUUGCCAAAAAGAUCUGUGUUGUCAUCUAACUUACAAGAUGUCUGAGAAGAGAACAGAUGAGGUGUAUGCACUGGGUGUGUUUGAUGGACUGCACACUGUAGAAGGCCAAUAUUAUUUACAGAUCUGCACAUUAUUGAAGUGUCAAACCACUGACCUGAGAACUUGUGGGGAGCCGGUGGGAUCAGCUUUCACCAAAUUUGAAGAAUUCUCCCUCAGUGGCACAUUUGGAACCAGUUAUGUUUUCCCACAGAUGGUUCUCAGUGGCAGUCAGCUCGCCCCUGAGGGGCAUUACGAGGUUUUAGGUGAUGGACGUCUGAAGAGCCGCGGUGGAGUCCCUUUGCCUAUCUUGGUGAUGGCCCUGUAUGGAAGAGUGUUCGAGAAGGACCCUCUGCGGUUAGGGCAGGGACCUGGGAAAUCACCAUGACGCUUUUCACCAAUACUCUUCCUGUGUUAGCCUGGAAAAGAAAGGAAGGGGGGGGGGGAACUUAGUCUAGAAGAGAUGUCAUAAAUUUGCUGAAAUAGACUUACAGUUUAAAAAGUGAUGGGUGUGUGUGAAUUUUAUAUUUUCCAUGUUUGAUCUUGCACAGACUGGUUUCUAGGCUGCAUCAUCUUUCACGUAGGUACAUCAUGUUCCAUACGUGAGUAUAUGUAUAGAUGAACAAGUGGAGGGGAGGACAAGAAAAAUCCUUCUUAUCUUUUUUUGUGGUAAAUGUUAUUUUCAUCCUUUAUAGAUUCACAGGGCAACAUUGAAUAUGCAGAAGAUGUUUUGUUCCAUAGUAAGAUAGCAGAUGUUGAAAAACAAAGACAUCUUUUAAAAUAAUUAGGAAUAAUGUCU